AUGGGAACACCCGGUGAACCACCUACCCAAGAGUAUCCAGGUUUUGAUAUUUCUAGCUACACGGAAAAACAACUCCGUGAAAUCACUAUCGCUCAUCGUGAAGUCAAAGACUGGACGGACCGAAUUGCUUUGAGUAGCGUUCAACUCUUGCGUUGGGGUAUGGAUCUUGCUACCGGCUACAAACAUCCGACCGAAGAGAAGAUCAGAUACAACCCCCAGAAAUUCGUCAUGACUGAGCAAGAUUGGCUCACACGGUUUAUUUUCCUCGAAAGCGUGGCUGGAGUACCUGGAAUGGUGGGCGGUAUGCUUCGCCAUCUUAGGAGUCUUCGCCGAAUGAAGCGAGACAACGGUUAG